UUGUGGAAAAAUUGACAAGCAUAACUUAUGUCUAUUUGGAGUGAUGGGGUUUAGGCAGGUGUUUGCAGUGUCUGCAGUGUCUGCAGUGUCUGCAGUGCUGCUGUUGGUCGUGGUGUUUGGCUGUGUUGGUGAUGCUUGGAUCUCCAGAUGGUUUUAUCCGAGAUUGGGGUUUCUGCAUGACGGAGUUUCAGCCCAGUUUGACACUCAGAAACCAGUGCAAGAAGACCCUGCGGGAGAGGACCCUGUUGGACAAGAACCUAGUGAGCCCAUUGUUGAGCCUGUGGGGCAGGAGCCCGUGGGACAGGAAACUAGCCAGGCUGAAGACCCUGAGAGCUUCCAGUCCAAGCAGACAUUUGAGAACCCUCUGACUUGGCUCUAUCCUUCGAUUGAGAAGCAUGAGUGCAAUUCUACAGUGUUUGAGCGGCUAAAGCAGGUGGCAGCCAACAGUGUGGUGGCCUGGUGUGGGCAAAGUGUGGUCCGUGUGGAGGUGAAACAGGAACUUCUGGGGAUUGGCUGGCUCAUCCAGCCAGAGCGUAUCACUCUAGGAGGCUGUGCUGCCAUUGAGGAGGACGCUGAAGCUCUUGUGCUCACCUUUGAAUCAGAGCUGCAUGGCUGUGGCAGUGAGCUGACGAUGACUGAGGAUGUGCUGAUCUACACCUUCAGUCUUGUCUAUGAGCCAGAACCUCUUGCUAACAUUUCUAUAUUGAACACCAGUAAAGCUAUGGUUGAUAUUGAGUGCCACUACUUGAGGAAUCAUGAAGUGCGCAGCAAUUCCCUUAAGUAUGCCGUAAAACCUAGCAAGCCUGUGGGCCAAGAACCUAGCCAGGUUGUUAUAAAGCCUGUGGUAGAGCCUGUUGGCCGGGAACCUAGCGUAGAGCCUGUGGGCCAAGAUCCUAGUGAGCGUGUUGGAGAGCAGCCUGUGGGCCAUGAACCAAAUGAGAUUUUGGGUAAUGAACUUAGCCAGCCUUUAGGCCAAGAACCUAGUGAGCCUGUUGGAAAGAAGCCUGUGGGCCAGCAACCUGUUGGAGAGCAGCCCGUGGGCCAGGAACCUAGCCAUCUGUCUGUUGGCAAGCCUUUGGGUCAGGAACCAAGCGAGCCUUUGGGCCAAGAACCUAGCCAGGUUGUUAUAAAGCCUGUGGUAGAGCCUGUGGGCCGGGAACCUAGCGUAGAGCCUGUGGGCCGGGAACCUAGCGUAGAGCCUGUGGGCCGGGAACCUAGCGUAGAGCCUGUGGGCCGGGAACCUAGCGUAGAGCCUGUGGGCCGGGAACCUAGCGUAGAGCCUGUGGGCCGGGAACCUAGCGUAGAGCCUGUGGGCCGGGAACCUAGCGUAGAGCCUGUGGGCCGGGAACCUAGCGUAGAGCCUGUGGGCCGGGAACCUAGCGUAGAGCCUGUGGGCCGGGAACCUAGCGUAGAGCCUGUGGGCCGGGAACCUAGCGUAGAGCCUGUGGGCCGGGAACCUAGCGUAGAGACUGUGGGCCGGGAACCUAGCGUAGAGACUGUGGGCCGGGAACCUAGCGUAGAGACUGUGGGCCGGGAACCUAGCGUAGAGACUGUGGGCCGGGAACCUAGCGUAGAGACUGUGGGCCGGGAACCUAGCGUAGAGACUGUGGGCCGGGAACCUAGCGUAGAGACUGUGGGCCGGGAACCUAGCGUAGAGAACCUCGUAGAGACUGUGGGCCGGGAACCUAGCGUAGAGACUGUGGGCCGGGAACCUAGCGUAGAGACUGUGGCCCGGGAACCUAGCGUAGAGACUGUGGCCCGGGAACCUAGCGUAGAGACUGUGGCCCGGGAACCUAGCGUAGAGACUGUGGCCCGGGAACCUAGCGUAGAGACUGUGGCCCGGGAACCUAGCGUAGAGCCUGUGGGCCAAGAACCUAGUGAGCCUGUUGGAAAGAAGCCUGUGGGACAGGAACCUAGCCAUCUGCCUGUUGGCAAGCCUUUGGGUCAGGAACCAAGCGAGCCUUUGGGCCAAGAACCUAGCCAGGUUGUUAUAAAGCCUGUGGUAGAGCCUGUGGGCCGGGAACCUAGCGUAGAACCUGUGGGCCGGGAACCUAGCGUAGAGCCUGUGGGCCAAGAUCCUAGUGAGUGUGUUGGAGAGCAGCCUGUGGGCCAUGAACCAAAUGAGAUUUUGGGUAAUGAACUUAGCCAGCCUUUAGGCCAAGAACCUAGUGAGCCUGUUGGAAAGAAGCCUGUGGGCCAGCAACCUGUUGGAGAGCAGCCCGUGGGCCAGGAACCUAGCCAUCUGUCUGUUGGCAAGCCUUUGGGUCAGGAACCAAGCGAGCCUUUGGGCCAAGAACCUAGUGAGCAUGUUAGGGAGCCUGUGGGCCAGGAACCUAGCGAGCCUGUGGGCCAGCAACCUGUUGGAGAGCAGCCUGUGGGCCAGCAACCUGUUGGAGAGCAGCAUGUGAUCCAAGAGCCUGUGGGCCAGCAACCUGUUGGAGAGCAGCAUGUGAUCCAAGAGCCUGUGGGCCAUGAACCUGGAGAGCAACCUGUGGAUUAUGAGCCUGUGGGUCAAGAAUCUAGUGAGCCUGUGGGCCAGCAACCUGUUGGAGAGCAGCCUGUGGGCCAGGAACUUAGCCAGCAGCCUGUUGGCGAGCCUUUGGGUCAAGAACCUAGUGAGCAUGUUGGAGAGCCUGUUGACCAUGACCCUGUGGGCCAAGAACCUAGUGAGCUUGUGGGCCAAGAACCUAGUGAGCCUGUGGGCCAGCAACCUGUUGGAGAGCAGCCUGUGGGUCAGGAACUUGGCCAGCAGCCUGUUGGCGAGCCUGUGGGCCAAGAACCUAAUGAGCAGCCUGUUGGUGAGCCUGUGGGCCAGGAACCUAGCAAGCAGACUUUGGGUCAGGAACCUAGCGAGCCUUUGGGCCAAGAAUCUAGUGAGCAUGUUGGAGAGCCUGUGGGCCAAGAUCCUAGUGAGCCUGUGGGCCAGCAUCCUGUUGGAGAGCAGCCCGUGGGCCGUGAUCCUGUGGGGUCAGGAACCUAGUGAGCCUGU